AUAUGGGAUUCCUACUUUUUUCUUGCUGUCAUUUUUAUAAACCAGUUAUGUCUGCAACUGGAGAUGUUCACACCUUCCAAGAAGAAAAAGGUUUUAGAAAAAUAUGGUGACAUGCGGGUAACAAUGGGAUGUGAAAUCUUCAGCAUGUGGCAAAAUUUAGGGGAACACAAGCUUCACUUUAUUCCAGCGUUGAUUGGCCCCUUCCUGGAGGUGACCUUGAUCCCUCAGCCAGACCUGAGGAAUGUAAUGAUUCCCAUUUUCCAUGACAUGAUGGACUGGGAGCAAAGGCGAAGUGGCAACUUUAAACAGGUGGAAGCAAAACUGAUUGACAAACUGGACAGCCUAAUGUCGGAAGGUAAAGGUGACGAAACAUACCGAGAGCUCUUCAACAGUAUAAUUCCACUUUUUGGUCCUUAUCCUAGUCUACUGAAGAAAAUUGAGCGGGAAACAUGGAGGGAAAGUGGCGUUUCAUUAAUUGCCACUGUGACUCGCCUCAUGGAGAGGUUACUGGACUACAGGGACUGCAUGAAAAUGGGAGAAGUGGAUGGCAAAAAGAUUGGCUGCACUGUUAGCCUUUUGAAUUUUUACAAGACUGAACUGAAUAAGGAAGAGAUGUAUAUUCGCUAUAUUCAUAAGCUGUAUGACCUACAUCUGAAAGCACAAAACUUCACAGAGGCUGCCUACACGCUCCUGCUGUACGACGAGCUGUUGGAGUGGUCUGAUCGGCCACUGAGAGAAUUCCUCAACUACCCCAUGCAAACAGAGUGGCAACGUAAAGAGUGUCUCCAUCUGACCAUCAUUCAAAACUUUGAUAGAGGAAAGUGUUGGGAAAAUGGCAUUAUCUUAUGCAAGAAAAUUGCAGAACAGUAUGAAAGCUACUAUGACUACAGAAACCUCAGCAAAAUGAGGAUGAUGGAAGCAUCUUUGUAUGAUAAAAUUAUGGAUCAACAGCGUUUGGAGCCAGAAUUUUUCAGAGUUGGAUUUUAUGGGAAAAAGUUCCCAUUCUUCUUGAGAAAUAAGGAAUUUGUUUGCCGAGGACAUGACUAUGAAAGGCUGGAGGCCUUCCAGCAGCGAAUGUUGAAUGAGUUCCCACAUGCCAUUGCUAUGCAACAUGCUAAUCAGCCAGAUGAGACCAUCUUUCAGGCAGAAGCACAGUAUUUGCAGAUUUACGCAGUGACACCAAUUCCAGAAAACCAGGAAGUCCUGCAGAGAGAUGGCAUUCCCAAUAACAUCAAGAGCUUUUACAAAGUAAACCACAUCUGGCGAUUCCGAUAUGACAGGCCAUUUCACAAAGGGACCAAGGACAAGGAAAAUGAAUUCAAGAGUCUGUGGGUGGAGAGAACCACACUGAUCUUGGUGCAAAGUUUACCUGGAAUAUCUCGUUGGUUUGAAGUGGAAAAACGUGAAGUAGUGGAAAUGAGUCCCCUUGAGAAUGCUAUUGAAGUCUUAGAAAAUAAGAACCAGCAGCUGAGAACACUGAUUAGUCAGUGUCAAAGUCGACAGAUGCAAAAUGUUAACCCUCUCACAAUGUGUCUAAAUGGGGUCAUUGAUGCAGCAGUUAAUGGUGGAGUUGCUCGAUACCAAGAGGCAUUCUUUGUCAAAGAAUACAUCUUGAACCAUCCAGAGGAUGGAGAGAAGAUCACACGUUUGAGAGAGCUGAUGCUCGAGCAGGCCCAGAUUCUAGAAUUUGGCUUGGCGGUGCACGAGAAGGUGGUGCCCCAGGACAUGAGGCCAUUGCAUAAAAAGCUGGUGGAUCAGUUCUUUGUGAUGAAGUCAAGCUUGGGAAUACAGGAAUUUUCUGCCUGUGUACAAGCUAGCCCUGUUCAUUUCCCGAAUGGAAGUCCUCGUGUAUGCCGAAAUUCCAUACCUGUUUCUAUGAGCCCUGAUGGUGCCAGGGUAAUACCACGACGCAGUCCUUUGAGUUACCCAGCUGUCAAUCGGUAUUCAUCCUCAUCACUGUCAUCCCAAGCUUCUGCUGAAGUCAGCAAUAUCACUGGGCAAUCAGAAAGCUCUGAUGAAGUUUUUAACAUGCAGCCUAGUCCAUCUACCUCAAGCCUGAGUUCUACUCAUUCUGCUUCACCUAAUGUGACCAGUUCUGCUCCAUCCAGUGCCAGAGCCUCUCCUCUGUUGUCUGACAAACAUAAGCAUUCCCGAGAAAACUCUUGCCUGUCUCCCAGAGAGAGGCCCUGCAGUGCCAUCUACCCUACUCCUUCGGAAACCUCCCAG